AUGAGCGAAACAAUAAUGGAGAAGGAAAACAUGCCCGAAUCUCGCCCAGUGACGCUGUCCAGGGAUUUAGAGAACCGACUGGUUCUUGAAGAAUCUAAUUCCUCAAACACUGCCAGUCGUGACUCUUCCAAGUCAUCGGACUCGAAUGAAUUUAAGAAAGAAAAAAGCAUCAAUAACAGUCUCAACGACAAUAUGGGAAACAUUUCUCAUAAUAGCGAAAUAAAAAAGACCAAUAGUGACAGUAAAAGAGGUCCCAGCACACCAAUAAGCUCAUUAAGACAGUCAAAUAGAAGAAAGCUAGAAGAUGGUCCCCGUGCUUUGAACAAGAGACAAUUAAGUAUUGAAGGAACAGAUUCCAAAUCCUUAGUUGAAUUAAACUACAAAAACUGGCUCUUAACAGAAAAUUUUACGAAAUCAAGAGAUUUGCUCAAAUUCAUGGAAUUGGAAAGGAAAUAUGCACAAGAGACAAGUUGA